AAAAUAUGGCUGGCUGUUCGAUGUAGGCAAAUGUCAGUGAUAUAAAGAACCGAAACUUUUAUACAAAUGUAUCAUUUAUAGUUUUAAUUAGUUCAUUAUUUAUUUAUUACCGUGCUGUGAGUGAUUUAAGUGUAAAAAAUGUCGGGAGAACGUGAAAUUCCUGCUGAAGACAGUAUUAAAGUCGUGUGUAGGUUUCGACCCCUAAAUGAUUCAGAAGAAAAGGCUGGGUCAAAAUUUAUUGUGAAAUUUCCACAAGGAGCUGACGAUAACUGUAUUUCAAUCGCGGGUAAAGUUUAUUUAUUCGACAAGGUAUUUAAACCAAAUGCCACACAAGAAAAAGUAUACAAUGAGGCAGCCAAGAGUAUCGUCACAGAUGUACUUUCUGGAUUCAAUGGCACUAUAUUUGCUUAUGGUCAAACCUCUUCGGGCAAAACCCAUACAAUGGAAGGUGUCUUAGGCGAUCCACAGAAACAGGGCAUUAUCCCUCGAAUCGUAAAUGAUAUAUUUAAUCACAUUUAUGCUAUGGAAGAAAAUUUAGAGUUUCACAUAAAAGUAUCAUAUUUUGAAAUUUAUAUGGAUAAAAUUAGGGAUUUAUUAGAUGUGUCGAAAGUAAAUUUAAGUGUGCAUGAAGAUAAAAACAGAGUUCCUUACGUAAAAGGAGCUACUGAACGAUUUGUCUCAAGCCCUGAAGAGGUUUUUGAAGCGAUAGAAGAAGGCAAAUCCAAUAGACAUAUAGCAGUAACGAAUAUGAAUGAACAUUCUUCUAGGUCACAUUCAGUAUUUCUUAUUAAUGUAAAACAAGAAAACUUAGAAAAUCAGAAAAAGUUAUCUGGUAAAUUAUAUUUAGUAGAUUUAGCUGGUUCAGAAAAAGUGUCUAAGACUGGAGCCGAAGGCACUGUAUUGGAUGAAGCCAAGAAUAUAAAUAAAUCUUUAUCUGCUUUGGGUAAUGUAAUAAGCGCUUUAGCUGAUGGCAAUAAGACUCACAUACCCUAUCGUGAUUCCAAACUUACUCGUAUUCUUCAAGAAUCUCUUGGAGGUAACGCCAGAACCACCAUCGUAAUUUGUUGUUCGCCAGCCAGUUUCAACGAAUCUGAAACGAAGUCAACCCUAGAGUUUGGGAAAAGGGCCAAAACUGUCAAGAAUGUUGUUUGUGUCAAUGAAGAACUUACAGCCGAGGAGUGGAAGAGGCGGUAUGAAAGAGAGAAGGAGAAAGUUGCUCGUCUCAAAGGCAAAGUGGAAAAAUUGGAGGAAGAACUCAACCGUUGGCGAAACGGAGAAACCGUUACGGCUGAAGAACAAGUUAACCUCAACGAUUUGUCAGAUGCUGCCACUCCUGUCUCUGGAAUGGAAGACAGCACAAUAUCUGAGAAACCUUCCGGACCUCUACCUGCUACUCCAGCUCUAAUGAUUGGUUCCACACUUGGUGUUGAAGAAAGAAAUAAGUUAGAAUUGGAAAGAGAGAGACUGUACCAACAGUUAGACGAGAAGGAUGAGGAAAUCAACCAACAGAGCCAGUAUGUUGAAAAACUCAAAGAACAGAUGUUGGAGCAAGACGAGCUCAUUGCUGCCACACGCAGAGACUAUGAGGCGUUACAAGCAGAAAUGAACAGGAUCCAACAAGAAAAUGAAAGUGCGAAAGAAGAGGUUAAAGAAGUAUUGCAAGCAUUGGAGGAAUUGGCUGUAAACUACGACCAGAAAUCUCAAGAAGUAGAUGCCAAAAAUAAAGAGAUGGAAUCACUCUCUGAAGAACUCAUGCAAAAGCAGUCGAAUUUGAACACGACAACUAAUGAAUUACAGCAACUGCGUGACAUGAGCAGUCACCAGAAGAAACGCAUAGCGGAAAUGCUAGCCAAUCUUCUGAAAGAACUAGGAGAAAUUGGUUCAACUCUUGGCAGCGACAGUCAAGAAGUGAAAAUCUCGAACGAUGCAGCUAAGUUAGAAGAGGAAUUUACGGUGGCCCGUCUUUACAUUUCAAGAAUGAAGAGCGAGGUUACUAAUCUUACUCAGAGAUUGCAAGACAUUGAAAACAAAGAACAAGACAGUAAUAGGAAAGUCACUGAAUACGAAAAGGAACUGGCUGAAUGCAGGCUCCUCAUUUCUCAGCACGAAGCUAGGAUGAAGAGUUUGCAGGAAUCAAUGAGAGAGGCCGAAAAUAAGAAGAGGAUGCUGGAGGAGAGCAUCGACUCCCUCAGGGAGGAAUGUGCUAAACUGAAGGCAGCAGAACAGGUUCAUAGUGCUAGUGAGAGUGAAAAGAAAGAGGCUAACGAGCUUCGCCUUGCUCUCGAACAACAAAUGGAUCAACUACGCGUAGCCCAUCAGAAACAAGUGGCCGCUCUUAGAGAUGAAAUUGCCGAGAAACAAUCUCUCAUAAAUGACAUCAAAGACUCGAACCAGAAGUUGACUUUGGCCCAACAGCAACUUCAAACCGACUACGAGAAAGUCAAAUCCGAAGAAAACGAAAAAUCUCACAAGCUCCAGGAACUCAUUGCUACCAAUGAGAGACGUGAACAAGCCAGGAAGGAUCUCAAAGGGUUAGAAGACACCGUGGCCAAGGAGCUUCAGACUUUGCACAAUUUGAGGAAAUUAUUUGUUCAAGAUUUACAGGCUCGUAUGAAGAAAAAUAUGUCAUCCGAAGACAACGAGGAGGAUGGUGGAUCACUCGCCCAAAAGCAGAAGAUUUCAUUCUUGGAGAAUAACCUCGAUCAACUUACCAAAGUUCACAAACAGCUUGUCAGGGAUAACGCUGACUUACGUUGUGAAUUGCCCAAGCUCGAAAAGCGUCUACGUGCCACAAUGGAGCGUGUGAAGGCGUUAGAAACAGCGCUUAAGGAAGCCAAAGAAGGGGCUAUGAGAGAUCGCAAGAGAUAUCAAUACGAGGUCGAUCGUAUCAAGGAAGCAGUAAGACAGAAGAACUUAGCUAGAAGAGGACCCGCCGCUACUAUCGCGAAACCCAUAAGGGCAGGACAACACCACACAGUUAACAUUGCCACUGCCGGAAUAAGGACCGGACCCAACAACUCUCCAAGACCUAAUGAUGAGGCUCAAAAGCGCAGAUCCCUCAUUGUUGGAGAUAAAGAUUGAACAGCCAGCCACCUUUUAUCUGGUGCUUCAGAAAUGUAGUAAGCAAAAUAAAUCGUAAUACCAAAAAUAUUGCCGAUACAUCUAUAAUAUGGAGGCAAGUUUGUCAUACAAAAUUAAAAAUCACAAAAUUUUGUAUGAUUAGACUUGUAAUUUAUGUGCUUACAGCUUAGUUAUUUAUAGAUUAAGGUGCACUUAAAAGAAUAAUAAGAUAAUAAAAAAAAAUAAAGACGUAAGCAAAUUGUUUCUUGAGGUGUAUGUUUGCAAAAUUGUUUUAUACGAAAAGGUGUCUUGCAGUGCAAGGAAUAAUUUGUCGAAAUUUGUCACCGUUUUAAGCUAUAACUGCGCAGACAUAAUCAAUUCGACAUAAAAAUCUCCACUUUGUAACGAUUUGCUUAUUAUUGUUGUUUAAAUAAUACUUACUACCAUUGUGCAAGAACGGUGUUUCCUUCUAGUUUAGUUGAUUAUCGUUUUAUAAAAACACUGUAGGAAUUUAUUUUUUUAAUGGAGGUACUAAAUAUAGUAGGUGUUUUAUAGUUUGGCACUCUAGUAACGGUACUUUUAUUUAUAGUUUAAUUCUAGCUAAUUCUUUUCCAUUGAAAUUUGUACAAGUAAUUUUAUUUCUAUUUUGAAUUCAAAAUUUUUUAUAAUUGUGAUUGUUUGAUAAAUAUUAUUUUAAAAUUAAUUGCUUUAUUAAACAUUAUCGUGUUUUACUGUUUUGAUUUUUUUCUUCAUGUAUUCAGAGGGCUAGCUUGACUGGCAUAAGCUAAGAGCACCUCUGAAUUUAAAACAUCUCAUUUCCUGGCACAAGAAUGAUGUGCAAUUUUAGGAAAUAACAGUACUUUAGUUAUUGUGAUAAAAAUGACAUAAUUUUUUAUUACUUGGUCUUACUUGCCUUGUUUUUAAUUUAUUUUAAAGGGUAACUGUCAUGAACAGAACUGGUGCACAACUACGUUUUCCAUGAAGCAUUUUAUUUAAUAGUAAUUUUAUUUAUCUGAGGAUCAUUUUCAUUUCCAUAGCCCAAUCCUUUUUAUAGCAAAUUCUAUGUAGUUGUAUAAUUACAUAUUUAUUAGUGGAUGCUUGAAUCAUGAUGCAAUUUAUUUAUUUAACUGAUGAAAAUUAUAUUCUAAUAAA